UCAGCCAGGGCUCCCAGUGCGCGGCCCCCGGCGCGAAGGGCAAGAUGCAGGGCCUCGGAGCGGAGCACCUGGAUUCCGCAGAAAGAACCCCCAGGCAAAGACCAUGGCGACCUCAGAUUUAUAGGAAAUGCACAGAUACGGCAUGGUUGUUCCUGUUCUUUCUCUUCUGGACUGGUUUGGUGUUCAUCAUGGGCUACUCAGUGGCGGCUGGCGCCGCAGGAAGACUCCUCUUCGGCUAUGACAGCUUUGGGAAUGUCUGUGGCAAGAAGAACUCCCCAGUAGAAGGGGCUCCUCUUUCAGGGCAGGACAUGACUCAAAAAAAACACGUGUUUUUUAUGAAUUCCUGCAACCUGGAAGUCAGGGAUGUGAGGCUCGGUUCCAUCGUUCUCUGUGUGUCCAGCUGUCCUGAAGAGCAGCUUGAUACCCUGGAAGAGGUCCAGCUCUUUGCAAACACCAGUGGGUCCUUCCUGUGUGUUUAUAAUUUGAAUUCCUUCAACUACACCCAGAUUCCAAAUGCAGACUUGCUAUGCCCCAGGCUACCAGUUCCUCCAAGCAAGUCUUUUCCCUUGUUUAAUCGAUGUAUCCCUCAAACUCCUGAGUGCUAUUCUCUGUUUGCAUCUGUUCUGAUCAAUGAUGUGGACUCCCUCCAUCGAAUUCUAAGUGGAAUAAUGUCAGGAAGAGACACAGUCCUCGGCCUCUGUAUCCUCGCCUUUGCCUUGUCUUUGGCCAUGAUGUUCACCUUCCGCUUCAUCACCACCCUUCUGGUUCACAUUUUCAUUGCACUGAUUGUUUUGGGAUUGUUGUUUGUCUGCGGUGUCUUAUGGUGGCUAUACUAUGACUAUACCAAUGACCUCAGCAUAGAACUGGACACAGAAAGGGAAAAUAUGAAGUGUCUGCUGGGAUUUGCUAUUGUCUCUACAGUAAUCACGGCAGUUCUACUCAUCUUGAUUUAUGUCCUCAGAAAGAGGAUCAAAUUGACAGUUGAACUUCUCCAAGUCACAAAUAAAGCCAUCAGCAGCUCUCCCUUCCUGCUGUUCCAGCCGCUGUGGACAUUUGCCAUCCUCAUUUUCUUCUGGGUCCUCUGGGUGGCAGUGCUCCUGAGCCUGGGGACUGCAGGAGCUGCACAGGUCAUUGAGGGUGGCCAAGUGGAAUAUAAGCCUCUUUCAGGCAUUCGGUAUAUGUGGUGGUACCAUUUAAUUGGCCUCAUCUGGACUAGUGAAUUCAUCCUUGCAUGCCAACAGAUGACUGUAGCUGGGACAGUGGUGACAUGUUAUUUUAACAGAAAUAAAAGUGACCCUCCUGAUCGCCCGAUCCUUUCAUCUCUCUCCAUUCUUUUCUGCUACCAUCAGGGAACAGUUGUCAAAGGGUCAUUUUUAAUCACUGCAGUGAGGAUUCCAAGAGCCGUUCUCAUGUACGUGUAUAACACUCUGAAAGAGAAGCAGGACGGUGCCUUGUCGAGGUGCGUGUCCCAGUGCUGCUGCUGCUGUUUCUGGUGUCUUGACAAGUGCCUGCGCCAUCUCAACCAGGUACAACUCAAGCAGAGCGCAGGAGGCCCAGUAGAGGUGUCUGGGGGCCCCCGCAAAGGCUUUGGUGAGAAUGAGCUUCGGGAGGUCCAGGGCUUUCUGGCUCAACAGAAGACG